CAAAUGGUGAAAGAGCCGGCACGUGGGACCGACCAGAACAAGGGCCGGUCGCCCAUCUUUGUGAUCCUCCUGCUGUCGCUCAUUCCGGUCAUGUUCGGUGCCGCCCUGGCCAUCCGCUAUGUAACCCGGGGCCCACGGGUUGUGCACGUCGAGGUGGCGCCAACCACCACGCCGGUCACAACGACCUCGACGGUAGCAACCACUACUGUUGUGACCACCGUGAAAGUCGUAGUCCCUGUGGAUCUGACUGUGCCGUACAAGCCGAAGCCGGGCACUGAAAGCCACACCGGAGAACUGCCACUAGACGUCCAUCCGAAGAGUUACGACGUCACGAUUACCCUGAACGGAACAAACCUGGCUGACGACAUGAUGCACGUGACCGGAAGAGCAGUGGCCUUGUACAAGGCAGAAGUGGCCACAUCGAAGCUCAUCCUGAAAGCCCUGCCGCAGACCAUCAAGGAAGUCAAAGUGGCUCUCUUGGAAACAACGCCCACUAGUGCAACUACGCCCACGGGUCUGAACAUCACAACUCUGAGCUCCAGUGGCAGUUUCCUGGUUGCGGCGCUCGAGAAACCGUUGGCAGUGGGCAAAUCAUACACUUUGAUCACUGAGUACAACUACGAGAAGGCUGCGCAAGAAGGCCCGAUCAAGCUGGCGGCAGAGCUCACCAAAAUGGUGCUGGAGAAGGACAAGGCGCACUUCUUGUUUCCGUGCUCUGAAAAGGCAGACUGGAACGUCCCAGUUACUCUGACACUAAUCACGCCCAAGAAACUCACCGCUGUCUCGAAUGAGCCGCUGGAUGGAAGUCCUGCAGAGAGUGGCGGCUUCACUGUCCACAAGUUCAAGCCAACGAAGGCCAUGCCUCUGGACAUGCUUGCCUGGAACUUGUUCCCAGAUACUAUGAAGUCCGAGGCAGCCAUUCCGGACAAGUUGAAGAUACACAUAAAGGCAGAGAAGCCGACCUUGACGGCAACUGCCAAGAUGGCCUUUGAGUAUCUACAAAAGUUCUUCCAGAAGGCUGGAGAAGAACACAUCCCAAAGAUUGACUUGGUGUUCGUCGGCCAGGCAUCACAGGUACAAGAGAGUCUCGGCAUUAUUGUGCUGCAAGAAACAAUUGCGCCUCCGGAAAUGUGUGCUAAAAUCGCCAACCAGUGGACGCACGUCCUCAUGCGCCAGCCAAACACUCCCACUUGGCUAGGUUCGACUGGCGUCGCCUACCUGUGCCAGUUGGCGGUAACUGAGGAAAGCACUUUGGCAGCUAAGCUCCUAAAACAACUAAAGAAUUGCAAAACGUCCACCCCGGAUCCUACUACAAGGGACUUACUGGUGUUCCGGAUGGUGCACAUCAUUCUUGGUGACACAGCCAUCCAGACUGCUAUACAGAAAUACGUUACCGCACAUCGCUUUCAAGCCACGGCCACUGACGCAGAAUUGGGUGCUUUCAGUCCGAUUACUAAAGAACAGCUCGUUCACUGGCGCCAGGAAACCUACGUAACGAAGAAGCUGAAGAGGGACAUAGGAGCCACAAAAAAGGUCACAUGGAGCGAUCCGGGCACCGGUGCCACGCCCUUCGCCACGGACACCACGGUGAGCGCUGUAAACGUGCGCGCACCUACUGAUGUCAAGGUUGCCUGGCUGGACUCAAACAAUGCUGCGUUCACGGUUACGGCCGAGGACACAAAGCCACUGUACGUGAACCCCUCCGUGAUGGCGUGCUACGGAAUCGAGCUCAACCCCGAGUGGUGGGCACUCAUCGGCAAGGACAUGGAGUCGACGCCACCAGAUGCCAUCAACGCUUGGUACCUUCUGGGCGAAGCGGCUAAGCAGUACUCAAUAAUCCAGCGGCAGCAGGACUUCACCGGCUACCUAUGGAUGUGGGCUGCACUGAAGUCCGGCGACAAAGACCUGUGGGACGAGCACGUCAAGCAGUUAGUCGAAACCGAGAGGGUGGCCUACUCCCUGUUGGGCACUGUACAGGAGGAGGCAAAUUACAAGGCACGCAUCAAGGCCCUGAUAGCAGCCAAGGUCCAUAGCAUCACGCCGCAAGAGAUAACAUCCGAGAACGCACAAAAGCCACCUGUCUUGCUCGCCAACCUGGCGUGCGAGAUGGGGAUGACGACCGAAUGUGAACGGCUUCUCCCCGCCGCCAUCAAGACAAAAGAACUUGACAGUACCUUCACUUCGUGA